AUGGCUAUCUUCAGAUCUAAAUCGUCCAACAAGACGCCCCAAAACGCUGAUGAUAUCAACAUCAAAAUCUCCGCCAAGGAUGAAGAACAUUACAAGUACCAUUCUUCAAACAUGCAUGAUCCUAUAUUGACUGCCGUCAAUGAAGAACAACCAUUUGAGCAAGCUGCAAACAGAGUAGACAAUAGACGUCCUUCAUAUUUGUCGCAGGAUUCAACAGAUUUGAAAGAUAUCUUUGGCCAGCCCAUUAGGCAAACCGAUAUGUCAAACCCUACACGUUCAAGAAACGAAAGACCCUUGGAUACAAUCCGAGGCUUUGAAUAUGCAAUCACCGGUGAUGUGACAUACAGAGACCAGUUGGAGAGUAGUAGGUUGGGAUGGGGAUUCCACGAGGAUUUCCCAUACUAUAACUUGCAAGGCGGUUCAGCACAAGACCAACAAAAUGGAGAGGGUAUGAGAAGACCAGUUAUCAAUUUCGAUGACCACCAGGGCCAAGAACAAGCAGUAUACCAGGCAGGCAACUACAGUGCAUCCUCAUUACAGGCUGACAAUGGCAAGAAACAAAAGAAGAAGAGAGGACUCUUUGGCAAAAAGAAGUAA